AUAAUCUUGCACUUGAGUUGCAAUUGGAAACACUUAGUAAACACAUCCUCAAUUCCUCAGAUCACUCUCAGCAUGGCCACUGCUCCUGCUCUUACCUACGGACUUCUCAUCUCGAUUUGCACUCACCUCACCUCUUCACUGGGAAAUCGUGAGUUUGUAAAUCGAACCAUUUUUGCUGUAUAUGGGCAGAAACUCCAGCUGUCCUGUUCUGUACCCCAUGGAAGGAAUGAACCAAUACAUCGAUGGCUUCUGAAAACGUGCUCCAUGAAGCCAUGGAAGGAGAUCGCCAGGAUAAAGGGAGAUGAGGUGCAGAGCAACGAGAGUCACUUUCAGAUGCUGGGAGAUGGGACCCUGCUGAUCCGAUUGGUGGGCAUUGAGGAUCAAGGACUGUUCAAAUGCGGAGUGGUGGUGGAGGAAGGAUUGGAGACCUUCUCGGUGACCAAUGUUUCGGUCUUCAAAUCACCUAUCAAGCCUCAGCUAAUAAAAAGCUACUUGACUUCUACUGUAGGAAGACAUUCCGAGAUUGGGAAGUGUGUCGCAAAGGAUGGCUAUCCUGUCGGUAACAUUACCUGGUAUAAAAAUGGCAAAGUGAUAUUUGCCAACGGAAACGAGACCCAGAACAAAAUUCGCAUCCUGAAGAAUCAGAACACUGGACUUUACACGAUCGAGUCGACACUUUAUCACACAGUGAUCAAGGCUGAUAUAAAUGCCAAAUUCUUGUGUGAAGUGGUUUAUCCUUUCAAAGAAGGAAAUGGCACACAGAGAUCGGAACCCGUCACCAUAGACGUGCAUUACCCAGUGGAGUCCGUCACGAUUGAGGUGCAGCCGCCCACUAGCACGAUCCGGGAGGGCGACACCGUCACCAUGAACUGCACGGCUGACACCAACCCUUCACCAGCAGAGUACCUCUGGGAGAAAGACGGGAAGCCCCUGGAUGGUUUGAACCUGUACACCCUCCCCACGGUGACAAAGGAGGAUGAAGGGGAAUACACGUGCACUGUCUAUGAUUUCAACUACAACGCCAAGUCAGCUGUCAGGUUCAUCCGCGUGAAAGCAGCAAAAGAAAACGACCAGUUCAGUGAAGGAGAAGUAUUUCCAGCGAUUGCCAAAGAGAGUCAUUCUGCAGAUCGUCAUGGGGAGUCCAAAGUCCUGAAUAGGGAUGCCAUGAUUAUUGGAAUCCUGGUGACAUUAAUGGUCGUGGCUUUCUUAACCAGUGUCGCAUAUUACCUCUGCUACUACAGGAAGAAGACAGAGAAGCAACCUUUGAAUGAUUUAGAGGAGAAGAGUCCAAUGGAUCCAGGGAAUGUUCCUCCGACAGUGGAAAAAGUCAUCGGAGAGGAAUGAUGAGCUUCCAGGUCUCGCCGAAUCUCUGCUGGAAAAGGAUUCUGAACAUCGUGACAUCACGGACAGGCAGAAAAACGCCAAAGUUAGACAGAUCAGAACCUUAAACCUCUGUAUUAUAAAAUAAAGAUUUUAAUUUCGGUAUCUCAAUGCUAUUCAACAUGAAACCUCCAAUGUCUAUAACCUUACUGUAACAAUUAUUGGCCAAGUCUCCACAGGACAAGUUGGACCUGUCUUUUGCACUACUAUUUGUAGAUUGUUUGCUUAAAACUUACUUCUCUAUUUGAACAAAAUAAAAGCUGCUCAUUUUGCUACCCA